AUGUCUUAUUCUGAAACUCUGGAACAGGCGCUGUCUACCGUGAAACAGCAGGCGGUGUUGAUGCAGCGAUGCUUGCAACAAAGGAGGUUGAUGGACGCGCUAAGACACACUUCAAUCAUGUUGACCGAGUUGCGAAAUCCAGAGCUAUAUCCAAAGCCAUACUACGAGUUAUACAUUUUGAUCUUUGAUUCGUUGUCGAUUUUGUCGACGUAUUUGGUGGAGAAUCACCCUAAGCAUCAUCAUCUGGCUGAUCUGUACGAGCUGGUGCAGUAUGCGGGGAAUGUUGUUCCCAGGUUGUACCUGAUGAUUACCGUGGGAAGCAGCUAUCUGAAGUGUGCGGAAUCUCCGAGCGAGGAGAUCCUGAAAGAUAUGAUCGAGAUGUGUCGGGGGGUCCAGAACCCGAUUCGCGGCCUCUUCUUGCGAUACUAUCUAUCUCAGAGGACUAAGCAGUUGCUACCUCAGGGGGCGGUAGACUUCAAUGUCAACUUUAUUGUUACGAACUUUAUCGAGAUGAAUAAAUUGUGGGUCAGGCUACAGCACCAGGGUCCGCUGCGGGAGAGAGAACAGCGAACCAAGGAGAGGAGAGAGUUGCAGAUACUUAUUGGGUCCCAAUUGGUGCGGUUAUCGCAGAUCGUGGAUGACAACCUGUCUUUGUACAAGGAGCAGAUACUGCCUGUGAUGUUGGAGCAAGUGAUACAGUGCAGAGAUGCGGUCUCCCAGGAAUAUCUUCUCGAUGCGAUUUGUCAAGUUUUUCCCGACGAAUUCCACCUGGCCACUUUAGACGCGCUGUUGGAGGCCACAACGCGCUUAAAUCCUGAGGUGUCCAUGAAUAAGAUCGUUUUGACGUUGAUCGACAGGUUGAACGGGUAUAAGGAUAGAACGGAACAGGAAGGAACAAAGAAUGGAGGCGCAAGUCUGAGGGAUCUCAAUCUUUUCCAAAAUUUUUGGAAUUAUCUCUCUAAUUUGAAUGAGGAGAGACCUGAUCUGCCUUUGCAGCAUUUCAUCCCUCUGAUUGAAAGUGUAAUGACUCUCUCUUUGCAAUGGUAUCCACAAAAUCUUCAAAAUUUGGACGCUCUUUACAGAUUCACAGCCCAAAAAUGUCAAGAUUACGGGAAAGAAGUUCCGGCGAACGCAGAAUACCUUUUCCAAAACUUGCUGACGUUGCAAAAUAAUGCGGCCCUCUCGAAGCUUGAUGCAAAUUUUUAUUAUAAGCUGAUAACUCAAUGUGCGUCUUACCGUGAUUUGUUGGGUUUGCAGAACGUUUUGCCACAGAAAAGCAUAUUGAACAGCAUAUUAGAGGUCCUUUUGCAACAUACUCCGUUGCCAGGCGGAGAGAGCGCCGCUGAAAACCAGUCCGAUGCUUCGUCAGUCGAACGUGGAUUUACUGUUGCCACCAAGGUAGACUUGGAUAACUUGUUAAGCAUUUUCGAACCGCUCAUUAAAGCGUCUUCACCGGAUAUACUACCAGAUAGGAAGGCGGUUAAUAAAGCGCUCGCCAACGAUGAUGUUGCGGACGAAGACGAGAACUCCUGGAUUCUGGAUCUGACACAAGAAAAUCUCGCCAAAUUAUCUCAUAUAAUUAUGAGGUCGGUAUCUCAAUCUGGUGAUCCCAUCGAAAACAUCCAGCUCGAAGUAGAGAUAUUACUUUCUCUCAGGAAUUGGCUUUACAAAGGAGGUAAGAACAUCAAAUAUACAUAUCCCGCUAUAAUAACGAAUUUUUGGAAGUUGAUAAGAAAAUGCCAUCUGUUAAGGAAUCGUGACUCGCAAAACGAAAAACAAUAUAGCGAGUUUGUGAAACAGUUUUUCAAGUACGUCUCUCGCUCUAUUAAUGACUUAUACAACGUUUGUGGCAGUCCCCUAGCUGAUGCGCUUUAUAAAUUGAAUAUCCAGAGCGCGUCACUAGCAGAUCAAUUGUCUUUGGGAGAGAUUGCGUAUGAUUUCCUUUCACAGGCAUUCACCCUUUUCGAAGAGUCCCUCAGCGAUUCGAGAACUCAAUUCCAAGCGCUUGUAUACAUGGCCCAAUCCCUUCAAAAGACCAGGUCCCUGCAUGAAGAAUCCUACUAUGAGCUGCUUAUUGUCAGAUGCACGUUGCAUGGAUCUAAACUGCUAAAGAAACAAGAUCAAUGUCGCGCCGUAUACCUGUGUUCCCACCUGUGGUGGGCGACGGAGAUUGCGCUCAUAGGGGAGGAAGAAGGUGUCACUAGUGACUUUUACCGAGAAGGAAAAAGAGUUUUGGAGUGCUUGCAGCGUUCACUGAGAGUUGCCGAUUCGACAAUGGAUAACGUCCAAAGCAGCGAACUAAUGAUUGAGAUUCUUAACAGAUGUCUCUACUAUUUCAUUCACGGUGAUGAACGGGAGACACAUAUCAGUGUCAAGUAUAUCAACGGCCUCAUAGAACUGAUAAGAGCCAACAUAAAAUCACUCAAGAUGGAGGAAACUACAUCCUCGACGAUCCAGCUUGCUGAGCACCGGCUCGAUGAGCUCCACAUCCACAAUGCAGAGGGCACGGCGAAAGAAGGCAACAGGUUUGUCAUCGGAUUGGACGGCUCGUACAUCGACGUCCCCACAGGCAACGGCGGCCGCGCCUCCGUGACAUCGAAGCUGAACUCAAUACACCUCAACGAAAUGAUACAAAUUCCGGUACAGCAUUUCAACCGAACAUGCGAGUAUAUUCAGAACCAGAGAGAUGUUGACGAUAGAUUCAAAGUCAUAACCCUGGGUGGUUAA